AUGGCCAGUUCUAGCGAGGAAGCUAAUUUAUUGGGUAAGCGAAAGCCGGAAGAUGGUUUGCUGACCGAACCGGUUCUGAAGAAACAUAAAGAAAAAUCUGAGGAGAAGGAGAUCGAAGAAGCAAGGUUUGAGCUGCUGUUGUCUGAUAUUGAGGCUGCUACUUCGUUAAGUAUAUUGCUUUAUGGCCAGGAGACAACGAAAGGAUUUGCUGUUGAGUCUAAUUCAAUCUCAGUCGAAGGACUUGAUGAAACACCUGCCGAGACAGAACCUAUUCAGGAACCAAAAAAGACGCUCUUUGUUUCUCAUCUCCCUGCCUACACUAAAAUAUCAGAUAUCGUCUGUUUCUUCCAAAACGUUGGACAAGUUGUUCGUGUUCGACUUGUCGUCGACAACCGGGGCGUUUUCAUGGGCGAUGCCUUUGUUGAGUUUGCUUCUAACGACCAAGCAAACAAGGCACUGAAAGAAAAGAAGUGUGAUAAGUUUAAGAACUGGCGCAAAAUUGUUCUUGGUGUGGCUGAUAAGGGAGAGGGAGCUCCAUUCUUUCCACCCAAGUAUUGCAUAGAUCACAAAGUUUGGUACCUCGAAGAUGACGAAGACUACCUUCAACAAGAAGUAGAGGAAGAUGAGGACUACCUUCAACAAGUAGAAGAAGAAGAUGAAGAUUACCUUCAACAAGUAGAAGAAGAAGAUGAAGACUACCUUCAACAAGAAAGCCUUCCCAUUGAAGAAGAAGAUGAGACACCUCCCAAUGCUGAGGAAGAUUCCGUACUCUUCAUUGCCAAUCUGUCUCCACAAACAACUAAAAUAUCACAUAUCAUCAAGUUCUUCAAAUAUGGUGUUGUUAGUGUGCGAUUUAUUGUAAACCGCCAGCGUAAGCAUUUGGGUUAUGCCUUUGUUGAGUUUGUUUCUCCUGAACGAGCUAAUUUGGCGCUGAAAAAGAAGAAUGGUGAAUACUUGCACGAUCAUGAGAUUUUGUUGAUGAAAAGACUUGAGGUGGACACUCCCCAUUCUGCUGAGUCAUCCUCCAUUUUUACUUACAGCAUCAAUUUCUUUAAAGAUGUUGGAGAAGUUGUUCAUGUUCGUCUUAUGGUAGGCAAAGGUACCGGUCUGAUGGGGUCUGGCUAUGUUGAGUUUGCUUCUGCUGCCGAAGCUGAGAAGGCGAUGGAGAAGAAGAACGGCAAAUAUUUAAACAGACGCAAGCUUUAUUUAUCUUUCGUUAAGGAGCCUUCACGAUUCAAGUAUUGCAUAGAUUACAAGGUUUGGUUCGAAGACUAUGUUCAGCGAGAAAACCUUCUGCUACAAGAAAAUGCAUCAAUGGAAGGACUUGAUGAAACUCCAGACUUUGUUGAGGAAGUUUCAUCGAGUAAGAAGACUCUCUUUGCCGAUAUCUCCCAUAAAAAAAUCGUGCGUUUUAACAUACCAAAUAUCAUCAGUUACUUCGAAGAUUUUGGAGAAGUUGCUAGUGUUAGACUUAUUGUAGACCGCCGGGGCAUAUCUUCGGGCUGUUGCUGUGUUGAGUUUGCUACUUGUACCGAAUCAAAUAAGGCUAUGCGAAUUAACCAGCAUGUUAAGGGGAUUUUUGUCAAGAUGCUUGAGAUAGCUCCAUACCCUUUCCGACCCAAGUACAACCUUACCGACCUUGCAGAGAAGCUUUGGUACGAAGACGAGCUUAGACGAGAAGGCUUUGGUUUGCCGACCAGACCAAAGCCGGAGAAAGAGCCCUGCGUCGUUCGAAAGACUACCUUCUGCGGUCAGAGGAUUACCUUCUCUGACGAAGACUAAUAGAAGAAGAUGGUGAUGCUCUUUGGUGUCUAUAACUUAUGAUACAAUGCAACUUGAGUUGAUUAAUCAUCUUUUUUUAGGUUCUUUGUUUCUCAAUGGAAAAGGAAUUUUUAUUGAUAUGUUUGAGACAUCAAAAAGAACAUGUCAAUCUUGUAGUUCAUAUCUCUUCUGCUUCUUGUC